GUUCGUCCUCAGAGUGACAGUCCUUCUGCAACAUCAACUUCCAUCUUCUUCGUUUCAAACACUAGCUCGCACUUGAAACUCACGAAGACCUCCAGUUCUUCUGCCUAAGCAUCUGAAUAGCUUCAUCAAAGCAGGAGCUAUGGCUGCCCAGUCUAUGCUGUUACUUAUUGGAAUGUUCCUGGCUUCUCAUGCAACUAUAUGUGUUGCAGAUGUUUGUGACACAUCGCAGCUGAUACCUUGCUUGCCAGCUGCAAAGCCGAAUCCAGAACCUCCAACAGGCCAGUGUUGCAAUCUCAUUCAUGCACUCACCUCAGAUUGCCUCUGUGCCGCAUUACAAUCACCUCUUGCCAAAGUAGAAGGUGUGGACUUUCUUCUGGCCCUGCAGCUCCCUCAUAAGUGUGGCAGAAUGGUUCCAAAGGGCACCAAGUGUGGAGAUGCAACUGUUCCGAAUAGUCUUGACCACGAAGAAGACCACAAUGGAGCAAUGGAAGGUGGAAUGGAGCACCAAGCUGCAGCAGCACACGCUUCAAACUCCCAUGAAGCCAUGGAGCUUAGAAUUGAACAUCAAGAAUCUACAGCACACGCUACAAAGCACCUAGAAGCUACUGAUAUCGGACACCAUGAUGCUCAUGGAACCAUGGAGGAUCGUACAGAUGGAAAUCAUGAUGAUGCGGACCUUCAACAUGUGACGGCGGAUAACAAUGGACACAGAUCGGAACACGAGUUGGAGGACGGGAUGGAACACUGAUCGUACCAUUAUCCAAGUUCAGAAUUCUGUUGAGCAACGAACAUUUGGAACAGUAUCGCCGGAGGCGUGACUUAUUCGCUACCUGUCUACUGUAGGUUUUGAUUUGGCUUUGGACUUAUGUUUUUAGUGUUACUUGGAAGUUGUUUGGGAGUAGCGAUUGACGCUGACGCGUCAUAUCCGUAGUAGCAGUUCGACUUCUGAUGCAGUAAGCUUUAGAUGCAAGGAGACCAAAUGCACAAAAUCUGCUCUUCAUUUCUCCUCGAGCUUAAGCUGCUGGCUGAUUUCGCUAGUGCUAUAUAUUUCUCAAUGUACUCUUUCAAGGACAGCUGUUUCUAAAGAACACCUUUCUCAAAUUAAACGCUG